UCUCCCGUCAUGUCGAGUUGAAGUUACGUAUUUACCACAAGUGUUUAUGGGUUGAAAGAAAGUGGCAAAAUGGAGAGCACAAACGGACAGGAACCCGAUCCGAGUAUCAAGAAGAUGGAAGUAAUGCUGAAGGAGGCUUUAAGUCCUAUCGAACCCCUUUUAAUGAAAGUGCAAAGCCUGUUGGUGUAGAAUCCGAGGCGAAGUUUCCUCAUGCUUGCAUGUGUCCACGGUUUGUUUUGGUUUCUGGCAGUGACGUCUUACCGAGUGUACUUUAUGAUGUCUGUGGUGGCAAUGGUUCUGUUUUUUAUUGACAUGUGGAAGAAGAAAAUUUGGCCAGAAAUCCGAGUGCCACCGUCUUCACCAGAGGACAAGGAUGGCUGGACUCCCAUUCAUCCGCGAUUACUGAGUGUGCCUGAGAUUUGUCAGCACUUGGCUGAGCUUUGUGUUAGCGGCAUGGCACUGUUUGAUUCCUGGAUUAUGUUGAGAAAAGAUCGACCUUUACCGUUUUGUCUAAUGAACGGAGGAAUCUGUUCUGUUCUAGCUAUGAUAGGUCAUUAUGUACCUGGCCUUAUGCUCUCCUAUAUACUGGUUAUCAGCCUUUUGCUCUGGCCUUGCAUUAUCUACCACAAUCUGUUACAAAAGAUCUACCUCCAGGGGGAACCACUCUUCAUGAGACUGGAUUACUGCCUCAAAUUUCGAGGACGCUGGCCAUUCAAAGCUAAGCCGUCUGUGCGAGAGGUCAGAGGUCAGAGGUUAGUGGGGGGUGAGGACCAUGCAGAGGUUGACACAGACAGCGAACUGGAGGAGUUUGUGCCGUCCGCCGACCCUGUGACAACAGCUGCCUUAGCUCGUGCAAUCACAGACAGUGAAGACGAGAGUGGAACCCCACUGUCCACACCCUUACUGUCAAAAGAGCCCUCUGUCAGCGACCACUACACUGACGAAGAGAACGACAAAGAAAGCUUCCAUGACUUUGCUCGCGGGAUCAACGAAAUGCCAUCUUUUGAAGAUGUCCUGGAUCAGACUGAUGAUGAAGGCGAUCAACUCACGCUCAAAACCAAGCCGGAAACCAAGGAGAAAAUUUUGAGUUCAAGUCGAAACCCCAGCAAAGAGAGUACUCCUGUGGACGGAAGGAUGGAUGCCAUGCAUUUCGUUCCUUCCCACUUUCGUGAUUCUGACUCUGAAGAGGAACACACGUUGACUCGUGAGUUGUCUUUCCCUGAUAUCGCUGAAGUGUCAGAAACUGAAUCAAACUCUGCGUACGGUGGUUCAUCAUCAUCACUGGCGUCAGCGGCUGCCGGACAAACGAUUCAGCAGUCUCUGCCAGGAGCAGUGAUGUCUGCAGCGCUCUCGGGGCUGACCAGACUCGGUGAGAGCCUGCACGCUUCCGUCCUAUCACAGCCCACUCCUCCUCACAAUCCGCAGAAUGUCAUGUUUUCUGUUGGCAAAUCUGAGGAAGAAGAAGAGCCCGAUCAUGUUCAGAUUGCCCCCGGAGCUCAUCAGGGUGCUGGGGACUCUGAGGAAGAUUCAGAGUACAGCGAUGACACCGAGGAGGCCGAUGACUUUGAAUUCCUGGACGAAUACGAACUGGAAAAUUAUGAAAAAAAGAAAUAGUUUUCUCAGGUAAAUGUGCAUUGUACCUGACUUUUUUUGUUCUUUUUUGUUUUAAGGAGGAAAAAAGAAGCUUUUUAAUUUAUCGAGUUUCUCCUGAUUCUAUCUGUGAUUAGUAGCUCUGUGACCUACUGUCAUAUUUUCUGUCAGAACUAGACAUUAGUUGUCAUGUGUCUUGAUGUAUCCUGUAGAGUAUGUGAGAUCAGCGAUAAUCCCACAUGACAGCCAAUUAGAUCCUCUGUGUCUGCUGGCUAUAAAGCAUGCUACUUUUAGCCCUGGGAAAUGUCUGCAUCAGACUGCACGUAACACUGUGUAGUCGGUGUUGCUUAGAGCACAAAGAUUGUCGAGGCUUCAGUGCUUAACAAAGAUAUGCCACUAUUCCAGAACAUUGCUGUUACACGGCCUUCUUCUCCAUCAAGGAUAGGAAUCAGGGAUGCAUGUACACUGGGGCUACUGUAUGGCAACAAAUCACCCAUUAUUUGUGUGGCACUUCAGUGUACAGCAUGGAUUUCUAAGUAAAGACAAAAAUAUGGUGCCAUUCACUUCUCUGACCUAAUCUGUGAUGAAAAAUGUCUUUGAGUUCCCCUGUAUAUACAGUGUGUAUGUUGAUGGUGUAAGAUGGCAAGGUAAACUUGAGCCCUUGGAUGUACAGAGUUUACUCCCUAUUUUUGUUCCCUCAUCUGUCUUUCAACUGUUUUUCUUUUCUUUUCCACUUGUCAUCCUCAUUUUUAAUGACCAGGAGUUGGUGUCAUGGGCAUGUCUAACUGUUAGUCCGGCGUAUCACGAUAAAUUAGUUUAAAUGUCCACUGCUCACUGAGAAAAAUAGCAAGGCUAAGUGCUGAGAGUGAAACUGUUUACUGUCAUUUGUAGUCGUGAUAAAUAUACGUAUGCCACCAUUGAUUUGCCUGAAGAAGAUUACUUAUAUGGUUGUACCUGAAGUGUUUGUUUGGUUGUACCUGAAGUGUUUGUAGACCAUCUCUUACCUGUACAAUCUAGCACAGGUGUGGCUUGGUUGUACCUGAAGUGUUUGUAGACCAUCUCUUACCUGUACAAUCUAGCACAGGUGUGGCUUGGUUGUACCUGAAGUGUUUGUAGACCAUCUCUUACCUGUACAACCUGCACGGGUGUGGUUUGGUUGUACCUGAAGUGUUUGUAGACCAUCUCUUACCUGUACAACCUGCACGGAUGUGGCUUGGUUGUACCUGAUGUGUUUGUAGACCAUCUCUUACCUGUACAACGUGCACGGGUGUGGCUUGGUUGUACCUGAAGUGUUUGUAGACCAUCUCUUACCUGUACAAUCUAGCACAGGUGUGGCUUGGUUGUACCUGAAGUGUUUGUAGACCAUCUCUUACCUGUACAAUCUAGCACAGGUGUGGCUUGGUUGUACCUGAAGUGUUUGUAGACCAUCUCUUACCUGUACAACCUGCACGGGUGUGGUUUGGUUGUACCUGAAGUGUUUGUAGACCAUCUCUUACCUGUACAACCUGCACGGAUGUGGCUUGGUUGUACCUGAUGUGUUUGUAGACCAUCUCUUACCUGUACAACCUGCACGGGUGUGGCUUGGUUGUACCUGAAGUGUUUGUAGACCAUCUCUUACCUGUACAACCUGCAUGGGUGUGGCUUGGUUGUACCUGAAGUGUUUGUAGACCAUCUCUUACCUGUACAACCUGCUCGGGUGUGGCUUGGCUGUACCUGAAGUGUUUGCAGACCAUCUCUUACCUGUACAACGUGCACGGGUGUGGCUUGGUUGUACCUGAAGUGAUUGUAAACCAUCUCCUCCCUGUACAACCUGUACGGGUGUGGCUUGGUUGUACCUGAAGUGUUUGCAGACCAUCUCUUACCUGUACAACCUGCACGGGUGUGGGUUGGUUGUACCUGAAGUGUUUGCAGACCAUCUCUUACAUGUACAACCUGUACGAGUGUGGCUUGGUUGUACCUGAAGUGUUUGUAGACCAUCUCUUACCUGUACAACCUGCACAGGUGUGGGUUGGUUGUACCUGAAGUGUUUGUAGACCAUCUCUUACCUGUACAACCUGCACAGGUGUGGGUUGGUUGUACCUGAAGUGUUUGUAGACCAUCUCUUACCUGUACAACCUGCACAGGUGUGGGUUGGUUGUACCUGAAGUGUUUGUAGACCAUCUCUUACCUGUACAAUCUAGCACAGGUGUGGUUUGGUUGUACCUGAAGUGUUUGUAGACCAUCUCUUACAUUUGUACCUGUACAACCUGCACGGGUGUGGGUUGGUUGUACCUGAAGUGUUUGCAGACCAUCUCUUACAUGUACAACCUGUAUGAGUGUGGCUUGGUUGUACCUGAAGUGUUUGUAGACCAUCUCUUACCUGUACAACCUGCACAGGUGUGGGUUGGUUGUACCUGAAGUGUUUGUAGACCAUCUCUUACCUGUACAACCUGCUCAGGUGUGGUUUGGUUGUACCUAAAGUGUUUGCAGAUCAUCUCAUCCCUUACCUAAGCGCUCACUGCACCUUCAAUUCAUAGAGUAUCAGAUUGCAUCCAUUCAUGCAAGGUUCAUUGCUUCACUUCAUACAGGGAUGCAUCCAUUCUCACAGUGCUCAUGGCUUCAGUUCAUACAGAUCAGGGAUGCAUCAAUUCAAAUAGGGCUCAUUGCUUCAGUCCCUACAGGUCAGCGAUGCAUCCCUUCACACAGGGUUCAUUGCUUCAGUCCAUACAGAUCAGGGAUGCAUCCCUUCACACAGGAUUCAUGGCUUCAGUCCAUACAGGUCAGCGAUGCAUCCCUUCACACAGGGUUCAUUGCUUCAGUCCAUACAGGUCAGCGAUGCAUCCCUUCACACAGGGCUCAUUGCUUCAGUCCAUACAGAUAAGGGAUGCAUCCCUUCACACAGGGCUCAUUGCUUCAGUCCAUACAGAUCAGGGAUGCAUCCCUUCACACAGGGUUCAUUGCUUCAGUCCAUACAGGUCAGCGAUCGUAUCCUUCAUACAGGACUUGUUGCUUCACUUCAUAUAGCAAUGCAUCCCUUCCCGCAGAAAAUGUCUGUUGUCUCAGUUCCUUGUACAAGUGAGUGAUAUGUUAGAAUGCCAAAAUGUUGACACAAAGCUGCCGAAGAACCUUCAGACAAUGCUCCACAAAGCUUCUGAAGAACCUUCAGACAAUGCUCCCCUGCUACAAGACCAUUAAUACUGUGUUACUGAUUGGGUGAUGAAGGUAAAAAAGUGUGUUUCAUAGCUCAUAUAUAUUGUUUCAUGUACACAUUAUUUGCUUCCUGUUUGUUUGGUGAAGGGUGUUAUUUUAUACACAUAGAUGUCUGUCAGAAAUGAUAUGGGAGAUUUUUAGAAGAGCUUUUUAUGGUCAUAUUUAGAACAGAAUCCUCACUUAGAUUCGUUCAGUAAUUUUGGUACGUGUAUAAAUUUGCCGAUACAAAAAUCAAAUUUGUAUUAAUGGGUAUUAUGACAGCUGAGACAGGUAUUUGUAUGCUAAAAACUUAGGCUGCGAGUAGUGCUAAAUUUUCAGGUAAGUCCCUCGUACAGUAGCAGACAUGUAAAUAAUAAAUGUGAAUGGAAUUGAUAUUUUCUGGUUGUGAGGCUAAGUACAGUUGACAUAUCGUAAUGUUGUGUUUUUACAAAGAUUCUAUGACUGUUAUAUUGCUUUGCACAGUGGGUAAAUGUGGAGUGUUAUUGCUGAUGUAUGGUGUGUUGAUAUACAGAAUCUAUGUACAACAUCUAUACACUUGAUGUUCUAGUAGUGUACUGAGUUAAGGUGGAAUUUCGUAGUUAUUCAAUGGGGUGACUUGACAUCCCUGAAGCAAUUGUAUGAACUGCCAAUAAAUGAAGUGAAUUGGUACAUACUAAAUGUGUUUUUGCCAAAUAUUUCAUGCUAUUAAAUCCAUACCCUCUCCCAAAAUGAAAUUCAGGAUACUAGAUCAGCUUCGUGCACAGGUUAACUUCAGAAGCAGCAGAAUGGCAGAAAAAAUAAAGUUGGCCUUGUGCGUGUACAUGUAUGUGGUUCCUUCGAAAAUGACAGCCUCCCCAGCAUGCCCAGCCUCCCCAGCAUGCCCGGCCUCCCCAUCCUCCCCAGCAUGCCCAGCCUCCCCAGCAUGCCCAGCCUCCCCAGCAUGCCUAGCCUCCCCAUCCUUCCCAGCAUGCCCCGCCUCCCCAGCCUUCCCAGCAUGCCCAGCCUCCCCAGCAUGCCCAGCCUCCCCAUCCUUCCCAGCAUGCCCAGCAUGUCCAGCC